AUGGCGGAGAUCUCGGAAAGAUAUGUGGAACAGUUUGUGACAACAAUUGAGACGAUGCGUCGUCGUGUUAUUGCUUACUACGAUGGAAUCUUUUAUUUGGGACGAAAAAUUGAGAAAGCCGCAGAACGCCUGAAGGAAGUUGCCACACCGGCAUCCUAUGAUGCUCGGGAUUACGUCAAUCUUUCGUUGGCUGAAAAUGGACCAUUGGAGACGAUCGAAACAGAAACAAAAAAUAAUUUGGUUGAGAUGUAUCUCGGAAUUUCGGUAAUCCUGAUUGGUUUGGCUGGAGGGCAACUUUCUGGAGCAUAUGCGCUUGCUCCUCUCAUCCAAUACUGCUUUGAUUCCUUCAUUGUCUUUCUGAUUCUCACUGCUCUCCCAGUUUUUGUCUUCUACAAUGUUCGCAAGAAUUCAAGUCUGGACGACACUGAAAGGCGUAGCAUUUUGAUCUCAGCCACUCUUGUUUUUGGAAUCUUCUCUGGAUAUCUCGUUGGUCCACGAAUUCUAUCUCUGGCGCCAACAACUCUCUUCCUUCCACCAUUCCUAUUCGCUCUGAUGUUUGAUAAUGGGACAGUUCCAACACCACUUCCAUCACUCAAUCGUCAAAGCUUUUUCAUUUCAUUUGCUUCAAUCAGUGUUUUCGUUGCCACUUCUCUUGCUUCCAUCGUUUUGGGCAACUUCUCGACAUCAGUUUCCCUGUUCAACAUUAUUCAUGCAAGUGGUCUCUACCUUCACUUCCAGGUGAUUCUUCAACUCAUCAAAGACAAAUAUUUCAUGGUUGGAGAGAGUCAAACUGUGUACAUUGGAACGGUUAUCCUUCUGCAGUUAAUCUUCACUCUUCUAUUUGGAUACAAUACGGACGUCUCUCAGAAUGUGCAUAAGUAA